CUGACAUGCAUUAUGUUUAGCAAGAGUACAGUUAUUUAAAGACCACAAUGCAUUGAUAAAAGACUACAGCAAAAUAAUUCAAGAAAACAAGACACAUCUUAUGACAUCCAGCAGGAAUCCAGAUAUCCUCAGUAAAGAAGAUGGAAGGCUUAUUGAAAUCGAUUCCCACGCCGCCCGCACUCAGCAAACCCGUUGAAAUAAUCUCCAAAUUCAUUGGGAUUGCCCUGCCCAUCGCUGAGGUAUCAAUUGGUGCAGUAUUUCUCUAUGACUGCCCAAAGCAGCCCUAUAUUCCCAUUUAUCUGCUGGUGUCAGGUGUGUUCACGUUGGUGCUCGAUGUGGUGGCCUGGUGCCCGUGCCGUAAAAUACUUAAAUGCGUCUGCGCUUUAUAUGUCUGGUAUUUACUUGUGGGCCUUUUCCUCUUCUGUUGGUUCAUUGCUGGUAGUGUCUGGAUCUACUCGGUUUACCCGCCGGAUUACACUGGCACUGAUUAUUGUGAUAAGACUCUGUACCUGUUUGCUUUCUGGACCACCACUGUGGUCUAUAUAUUGCUGGCCAUUGCAUUACCGGUAUCUUACUACAAGGAGUACAAGGAGGAAGAAAGUGAUGGAAAUGUGGUUAACGUAUGAUGGACUAAUAACAAUGCUUUUUACUACUGAUAACCUUAUUCUGUUAUCUGUCUCUCUAUGUGUAUGAAUACAUUCAUGUAUUGUUGAACUUUUUGACGGGAGAUGUUUAUUACUCGGAUUCGAGGACCAGAAGUAAGAUGUAUAAGUGAAUGAAUGUGGGCUAUUCAGCAGCCGCCUGUCUUCAUGUUCCACAUAUUCAUUAUCAUGAUGAACUUGGUUUAUAACAAAGUGUAAUUUUAAAAACGUGUAAUUAUGAACUGUAUCUUCAUUAUUGACACAUUAACUCAAGCAGUUAUUUUGGAAAGAAACGUUUCGAUCUGAAGAUGCAAAGUUUGGUGUCAAUGAGUAUCUUUAAAUCUCUUAUUCAGUAAAGGAAAAAUUGAUUGAUA